AUGGACGACCUCUACAAGGUCGGGGAGCGCGUGUCCCAGGACGGCGCCAGAGCGGCGGCGGCGAUGGACCCCGCCGCCCUGGAGGCGGCGAUGCGGGGCAACCCAGAGCUGGCCGAGCUCCUCGCGGGCGGCGGCAACAUCGAGCAAUACUUGCAGAGCUAUGAGCAGAUGUUGCAGGAACACGAGGGCAUGCACACGGGCGGCCCCAGGCUGGGCGAGGUCGACGCGGAGGGUGGCAUCACCGUGCGCCCUGACCCGGGCUUCGUCGUGAAGACUCGCGACCAGCAAUCAGGCACGAAGGUCUUCUUGAAUAUCGUGUCAAACGAGCACGUGGAGGCGCCCCACAUGAAGGAGUUCGUGGAGCUCGAGGGCGAGCAGGGAUGCAGGGUGCACCGCGAGGGAACAACGGGAGAUGAUUUCGACAAAAAGAAUGAGCCUUGCGUGACAUACGACUUGGUCGCGAACCCCAAGGUCGUGGAGGACGACCCCACCUGCUCCGGCAACGCGCAGUUCAAGGACACCGUGAUCCAGCUCUGCAUCUCCGCCGUCGCGCAGAAGUACAAGGUGGAGCUGGAUCCACGCUACAAGCUUCCGAAGGUGAAGUACAAAGGUGGCGCUGUGCAGGUCCAGCGGUUGCGGAAACAGCACCAGUCCAAGAUCCAGGAGAGGUCGGGGGCGCGGCCCCGGCGCCUGGGGGCGCCCAGAGGGCCCGAGACGGGGGCGAGGCGGCGCCCCGCUCCGCGCCCCCCCAGCCGAUUUCUGCAUCUACUACUCCAGGCCCGGCGUUCCCGCCGUGGACGGCUUCUCGGAGAAGUGGGGCGUGCAGAAACCGGCGACAUGGUGAGCGCGGAGAAUAUUUGUGGAUAUGAUUUGCCUUGUUACCGUGUGAACGAGUUCCAGGAGAGGAUCCGCGGAACCAUGAGGACGAACCGCGCCGACCGGGAGAGGGCCGAGGAGGCGCGGGAGGACCGAGCGCGGUGCGGCGCCGGGCGAGGCCGAGACGCGGGAGGUGCUGGCGGGCAGGAUCUGCGUGGUGCAGGUGCGGAUGCCGGAUUUGGACCCGCAUGUGCCUGCGCUGAAGCAGUUCGGGGUGGAGGUGAGCGACGAGUGCCUCCGCGUCUCGUUCCCGAUGCUGCCCAGAUCGGGCCGCUCGGCCUACGUGCCGCUGACGGUGUGGUGGCCGAGGCACUUCUGCGCGGCGCAGGCGGAGGCACGCUGGGAGCCGAAAUCGGAUUCCCUGACGGUCUCGCUGCCAACGGACGCCCCGGAGGAGCCGAUCGGCGCAUUCGACCAGGCUCUGCUGAACGCUGUGUUCUGAGCACGCCCAGGCCGCUGGCCAGUGCCCCGCUGGCCCGCGCCGCGGCGCGCUUCUGGGGUGCGCGCCCUGGUAGUCUCGCCGGCGCGGAAUGGCGCAGGCGGCGCGGCGGGCGCAUUCGGCGGCGCAAUCCGAGCCUCUCGGUAGGACCGUGCCGUGUUUGUUCAGUGGCGAUCCCAGCGUGGGCGUCGGAGGUUGCAUACCGCCACGCUUAG